AUGGACCUCCAGGCCAUCCCCACCAUGGCUGAGCAAGGGGACAGCCUUUGUGGGGCCCCUGAGGAGCCAUCCUCAGGAAUGACCCUCAGCGACAGCCUCAUCAUGACCCAGAUCAGAUCCAUGGGGCCGCUGCCCACCUCCAGCAUCCGCUUGGAUCGGGAGAACAUCUCCUCCAUUGGAAAGCUUCAGAGGAUGGCAGGGAUCCACAGCCUCUACCUGCAGCAGAACCAAAUUGAGAAGAUGGAGAAUUUGGAGUCUUUUCCCAACCUGAGGUUCCUCUGCCUGGCUGGGAACCGCAUCCAGAAAGUGGAAAACCUUCAGGCCCUGCCCCACCUGAGCGCUCUGGACCUGUCCCACAACCUGAUCCGGGUGCUGGACACAGAGGAGCUGCCCCGCAGCCUCCAGAUCCUCGACCUGACAGGGAACAAGUGCACCCAGCAGGAUGGAUACAGGGAUCUGGUGCUGGCAGCCCUGCCCAACCUCCUGCAGCUGGAUUUCCAGCCCAUCCAUGAAAACACAGCUGAGGAAGAGGCAGGAGGAGGCUCUCGCAGCAGUGAGGAGGAGGAGGAGGAUGAGCUGCACCCUGAGCAGAGGACUCCUUUCACUUUUGACAGAGAUUUCCUCACGGAAUUGCGCCGGGAGCUGACGGGGCGGGCGCGGCAGAGGCGGAGGAAGAAUCUGGACGAGCACCGGGCCCGGCUGCAGGAGCUGUGGGAGCGCCGGGCAAUGCUGCUGGAGCUGCCAGAGGAAGGAGCCACCGACACACCCGAACGGUGUCAGCUCCGCCCCCGAGGGACACAGUCCCCAAGGGCACAGCUGUCACCUCUGGUGGCAUCCAGUGAGUCCCAGCGAGCUCCUGGCACCAUCCAGCCCCCAGGCAAAGCUCUGGAGAAGGAGACCGGUGCCAGAGGAGCACAGAAUGGGAAAUUAUCCCAAAUAUCCCGCAGCAGCAGCCAGGAAUAA